GACUCGGCUCGGCUCUUGUUAGCGCUGUCUGUCUGUGUUUACCUCCCAGCCCAGCGCUGCUGUACUGCGGCCAGCUGGACACACACCGCCAUCCAACAGCGCCAUCUCGCCCGAAAAAUACCGAUGUAAGCGGCCUGGCUUUCAAUCCUCUACGGAUUCCCUGCAUUGCUGUGUGUUAGUGACACCGUAGUAAAGGUGGGUUCGGUCUUUUAAUCCCCGCGCUCUGUGUUAACACUGCGCAUAGCAACGUUAGCUUAGCCUUAGCUGCCUUUCCUAUCCCGUGAUGGAGGAUUGUCAACAUGGCGCCCUCCAAAACAAACCAGUUGGUAGCUAGUUUGCUAACUGUUUGGCGUCUUCCUAAAGAGCCUUAGUUGCAGACGAAUUACUACAAGUGAGUUGCCUUGUUUGUUUUUCUUUCUUGGGAAGGUUGACAAGUUGACUCGCUCGUGUUUGACAGUCACCCGCGUUAGCUACGUAUCAGUUUAUUAGCAUUGCUAACCAAAUUAACUUAACGCAGCCUCCUGACCUGCUACCACAAAACUUUAACGCGAUUGUUUCAUUUCGAAAUAUUAAGAUGUUCACAAAGAUCAAUUAGAUGUAGUUAAAUCUGUAUUUUUGUCCCGAUAGCCGGUGGUUUUGACGCUAGUAACGUUAGCUAAGUUCUGCUUCUUGGUUGGCAGUGGCGUGGCCUACCUCUUUGUUGUAAAAUGUGCAAAAUGUUUGUAAAGCGACAGGAAAUUGUGAUUUUUUUUGUUAUUAUUUUGUAUUAUCAGUGUGGUAUUCUAGCUCCCCCGUCCCGGAACGGUCCAUUAAACUCAUGUCUGUGUUGAUAAGGAUGCUGUUGGACAGCUAACUGUGGAUAGGGUGUUAAAUCUUUGACAGCACUGUCUCCAUCUAUCCUGUGUGUCUGUCAUAGAUUAUUCUAUCAUUAUCGUAACAGAGCAGGACUCGAUCUGGAAGCCUGUCACUAUAUUGUAAUUUUGGAUAUGAACAUUCUACCAGUAAACAUCAAACACAAUCCAUCAGUAAAAGCCACUGGACACAUCCCAACUUUUGACUCUCUGUCAGCUCUGAUUCAAAGUACAAUAUUUACAACCUCAAUUCCAGAGGAGUUUGGAGGUUUUUAAAAAUGUUAACAAAGCAGGUUUAGAUUAUUUUAUAAAACAUUCAAAAUAGGUGACCAGCUCCACACUUUGGGGUCUCUCACGCUUUUCAUGGGUGACAUGCUGGACUCUUCUACUACCGAGCCAUACAGUUGUAAUACGUGUAGAGAGCAGUUCAUUUUUUAAAACGUCCUCACAAGCCUAGGUGGUUCAGAAUGCCAUUAAUCAACCUAAUUAUUUUGCAGAAUAGACAGUAUCAUAAUACAGUACUUUUCUGUUAUGCUGUACAAGUAUUGUAUUAUCAUACUGUUUGGUAUAUUGUGCAAUAUCCUACAAUUCAGUGCUGCAAACUGGUUUUCUAUACAUGACUUACUACACUCUGAGCUUGUACGUAGCCUAUUUCUUAAACCGCUUUAUUUCUACUAAUCUGCACUUUGUACGAAGUAUUGUAGUUUUUUAAUUAUACUACCGUAUUUUUCGCACCAUAAGGCGCACUUAAAAUCCUUUUUGCUUGUCGGAGCACUGCAGCUACCGUAGCCUUGCAGAGUUAUUGAAUGAGUUACAUGAAGUUUGACUUAUCUGACUGUUUUAUUUGGCUUAAUGCGCUUUAUAAUCCGGUGCGCCUAAUGUAUGAAAAUAGAUGCAAAUAGACGCGUUCAUUGAUGGUGCGCCUUAUAAUCAGGUGCGCUUAUAGUGGGAAAAAUAUGGUAAUUUUAUUUACGCUUCCAUUUCCUUUUUAUUAACAUAUGUAUUUUCAAGAGCAAGUGUCAUGACUUAAUUUCCUUUGGAUGAAAUAGAGAUUUCUGUUUCUAAUUCUCUUUCUGAUUAAUCAGCCUUACUGAUUAAUUGCUCUGAUGAUGAAAUGUUCUUUAAAUUCUUUGUAAUUUUAUUCUGAAGGAUAAUUUGGUCAAAUGUUAACGUGUUUGCUCAGCAUGACGUUGUUUAGUGUUACAUUGACCCUGUCUACAUAAUUUCCUGUGUUACUGGCAUCAUAUUCAGUCGGACCAUAAUUGUGAUUUAACAAAAACAGUUGACCAAACUAUGUGCUCUAGUUUCUUUCGUUUCUAGAGGAUCUUCUUCAGACUUGCAUGAUCAAAUAAGUUAUUUUGAUGCAGUUUUGUACUGAUCUGUGUCCAGUUUUGUCAUUGCGAUUUAUGCAAUUUUGCUCGGCCCUAUCUUGAGCAGUCAUUUAAAAAUAGUAACAAUCACAUAUCAUGUAUGUCGUAGAUGUAUCAUUGCCCCAUUGAGUCAUUGUUGCCUGGCUGUAUUUGAUAAUCUGUCAGAUUAAAAUUAAAAUGUCACAGCCCCUAUCAUUUUACCUGUGUGUCCCUCCAGCUAAGAUGAGGAAUUGAAACAUCCACUAGAUUGCCUGGUGAGAUGGAAACCCCAUUUAGCUUUCAAAUAAUUGUUCCAUCAAUAUCAAAUGAACGGUAAAACCUCUGCUCUUUGAAGAGACACAAAAAUGUCACUUGUAAAAAUUUCAAGUACUGGAUGUCUUUUACAGAGUUUUCUAAAUCUGUUGAACCUGGAGGAUAGAGCUAUUCGGUGUUGUUCAUUGAGAUCUAGACAUGACUUUGUAUUUGUGAACUUGAGCUCAGGAUUGAAAUGUAAAUAGACCCAGCUUGAGGGGAUGAUUACAUCACACGCCGACCUAAGACGCCCUCGCUCUAACCGUGACCAGAAAGUGAACCACAACAUUUCCCUUUGCUUGUUUUUAGCUGGCCGCAUGCUGUGUGUUGAUUUGAGCUACAUUUACAUAUAUUUUCAGGUGAUUCACCAUCAAAACAACCUACAUUUUCUCUUUCUUUCAUGCUCUUUUCAAACUAAACCUCAGUUCAUGCCCCUGAGAGAUAAGUGCGAUGAUGAACAUCCUCUUUCAACAUCUGUCUCAGCCUCCUCGUCGACCACAACAUGCAGCGAAGCCAAGAGUCUUGCUUCCUAUAAAAAUGCUCUGAGCAUUAUCAUACUUAGCUUCUGGCCACGAUUUAUGAAAGUGACAUCUUAGGUUUCACGGAUGGUUAGGAAGAGGAACGCAUAAAAUUGGAUUUGGAUUUCUCAAGAUAUUUGAGGAAGGACAGGCCUGUGCAGCAGAGGAGAGGGGAAAACUCGUAUUUUUCAGACCCUUUGAAGGUCUGCGAGAGUUUCGCAUGUCAAAUUGUCUCUGACAUUUACUUGUUUUUCUUUUGAUCCAAGCACAGCAGGGAGAGAAAUGAUCCGAGGCAUAAAAACUGUUCUCCUUAAUGGCAGCAUGACAUGAUUUUGAUAUCAUUUGUUUAUAUGUUAUCAGUGGUUCCCAAGCAAAAUGUGGUGCCAAUAUAUGGAUUUUCAAUAACUUGCGCCCAGAGAGAACAAAGAAUUUGAGCCUGGUUCUGAAUUUAAUCCUUAUAUUAGGCACCUGAAUUGAGCUGCUCCAAACAGGUGUAUGUAUUUUUUUCAUUUCUUAAUCUGCCGAUUUAAAUUCAUUUAUUGUCUAGUUUGCAGAAAUUUGUCUGUGACUUGUCAAAAAAAAAAAAAACUAAUCACAGCAGCUUAAAGAAAAACCCAAAUACUUUAUUUACAAAGUGACAGAAAAAGAUCAAAUUUCUGCAUUAGAGAAGUUAGAACCUGCGUCGACUGAUAUUGGUUCUUAAAUGUAGAUUAUAGUUAUUGUUAAUUCAUGAGACUGAUAUGCAUUGGCAGUAAAAAUUACAACUUUAUUCUUGUAGGAAAAUGACUGAAAAAUCUUAAUUGAGGAGAUCUUAAUUUUUGUGUCCAUAAUACUCUUUUGUGAGGAAGUUGGCUUCAUUGACAAUGUAAAACUCUGAAUAGAUAUCUUCAAACUGAGAAAUUAACUAUAUUUAUUUAGAAAAAAUAACUAAAAACUUCACCACCUCAUCCUUUGAAACAGUUGAAUUACCUGUGUCUAUGGGGAUGACGCCACUUUAUCAUACAUCUCUUUUGCUCAUUGAAGGCCACUGAUGCCUCAGUGACAACAGAGGUUGGUAAGGAAGUGUUCUGUACUUGAAUCUUUACCCAAUGAUGUCAGUUCUAGAAACUUCAUUGAUGUCAGUUCUAGAAUCUUACCCUCUGGCAUUGCUAAAUAACUUCACUCUACAGACUGCACCUUUGAGCCCUGGGGUCAGUUUUUCAUGUUAAUAGUUGGAAGGUUCUUUCUUCAACCUCAAUUUCCAAAAGUAUCUUUCAUAUUGACACAGAAAUGGUUUUGUAACUAAAAUUACAGGGGGAAGGAGUCAACCACAGUCACUCAUGCAAAUCCAAACCACCUCAGAGUAACAUGAGAGAUGAUACCUUUGAAUUUAACAUUGUAUUAAAGCUGCUGCACUCCUGUCCUUGGAGUUUAAGUUCUGCUGUUUCUUGGUUGUAAAUAUGUACACAUAACUAAAAGUAAUUUCAUCUGCUAAUUUGUCGUUUCCCUUUGUUUCCUGCAGUCGCGAUGAAUAAAGAAAUCAUGUCACGCGUGGUGAAGAAGAGGCAGGCGGACCCAAAGGUGGUCCAGUAUGUGUGGGCAGCCAUCGAGGUCAUUCGCAACCAGAAACAGAUCGCCAACAUGGACAGGAUCUCCAAGUAAGUAAACCGCAGAUAAGAAAAUCCUAUAAAGUAAAUCCUUUGUGGUAUAUCUGUGUGUUCACUAGAUAAAAAUCGUCCCAAGAACAAACCACACAGCAGAGAUUAUGCAGGAUAUACUGUGAGAUUUUCCCUCAGUCUCUAAAGUUUUGAUGUUGACAUCUUGACAGCUUUCUAUGACAGCCUGAGAUGGAGGCUUGCCAGUUUUGCCACUGAGUUGAUAGGCAGAGAUGUAAUGUGCAUUAACUUCCAUCCACGUUAUUAUGGGGUUUUCGGAAUCAAGUAUUUGACUUUACACUGUAUUUCUGCAGUAGCUCUACUUAUAGAAAUGUCAGACACUAUUAAUAAGCCUUGACAGAUUUUAACUGGGCACACUGCCCUGGAAGAUUAAAUUACACCUCAUUUUGCUGCUGCCAAGUGGAGCAAUGUGCUUUUAUUGUUGGGCAUAGUCCUCAUUGUGUUAAUACAAGGUGAUCUGUUGAGUUGUGUUUACACUGAAUGCCACACCAGACAGCAGCCAAUAGUGAGACAGACAGCUGUCAGAGUUCAGAUGUUUGUCAGCUGCUUUUCACACACUGUGAAGUUAAUUUACAGUUCAACCCCUCAGAUAAAGACUUAUCCGCAUAUGAGGGAUAUGAUUCUUUAGAGGGAAGCUCAUGUUGCUCAAACAUGUAAAUUGUUAACGUCUCUCUCGCGUCAGCCCUCUAUGAUUAGCAGACGCAGACACCAAACGAAACACUCAACACAUCUUAUACGGCAGGUUGGCGAGCACCUUGGAGCUGGCUGUCUGCCAAAUGAGUACAGGCGGCGAGAGGCUGUCGUCAUAGCAACAGUAAGCAGCGGCGGCAUACGUGCAAGCAGAGGAAAGCCCCAGCUCUCCUGCACAAGCAGCCCCCCCCUUCCCCUUCAAGCCCUUCUGUAUUUUAAUUUCACCCAGAGGGAAGAAUAAUGAGCUGCCCAUCCCUCUCUUUGAAUGAACUGUAAUAAGGCAGAAUCACAGCGAUACAUCAACCUGCUUCAAACCACCGACUCAAUCAUCAAUCCACCUAAACGCUGUGAAUAAUCAGGGAUAAGUCUAACCACCUGUGAAAUUUAUGGAAAUUUGGACUCGGGUUUCUGUUUUUCUCAGUGAGAUUUUUAAAUUAAGAUUUUACUCUCAACAUGUACAAACCUAAUUCCAAAAGAGCUAAAGCCGAGAGAAAUAUUUUAAUUUUGAUGAUUAACGUUUCAUUUACAGCCUAAGACAACAAAUCAACAGUUUCAUUGUGUAACAAAAGUAUACGUUCUUAAAAUUUUAUACCAGCAACAGAUUUUAAAAAUAUGAGAACAGGAACAACAAAGCACUUAAAAUGUGGUGUGAUUCUAAAAUAAAUUCUGGGAGAAGAUCUCACAGCUGAUUUUGUUUAUAUUCAGAGACUGUGUGAGCCAUUCCGGAAUGUCAGAAUCAACAGUGCAUAAUAUCAUGUUCUGUUCUAGAAUCGUACCCCAUUGAUGUCAGUUUUAGAAUCUUCUUUGAUGUCAGUUUUAGAAUCUUCAUUGAUGUCAGCUGUAGAACUUUAAUUGAUGUCAUUUCUAAUUGAUGUCAGUUUUAGAAUCUUCAUUGAUGUCAGUUUUAGAAUCUUACGCCAUUGAUGUCUGUUCUAGAAUCUUCUUUGAUGUCAGUUUUAGAAUCUUCAUUGAUGUCAGCUGUAGAACUUUAAUUGAUGUCAUUUCUAGAACCUUCAUUGAUGUCAGUUCUAGAAUCUUCUUUGAUGUCAGUUUUAGAAUCUUCUUUGAUGUCAGUUCUAGAAUCUUCUUUGAUGUCAGUUUUAGAAUCUUCUUUGAUGUCAGUUUUAGAAUCUUCAUUGAUGUCAGUUCUAGAAUCUUACGCCAUUGUUAUCAGUUUUAGAAUCUUCAUUGAUGUCAGUUCUAGAAUCUUCGCCCAUUGAUGUUGUGAUGCCAUUGCACAUCAUCACACAUCCAUGUUUUUACUUCCACCUGUCCAGGUACCUGAGCCGUAUUUUUGGCAUGCACCCUAAAGAGACCGCCAGACAGCUGAGCUUGGCUGUGAAGGACGGCCUGGUGGUGGAGACCCUGACUGUGGGCUGCAAGGGCUCCAAAGCCGGUAUCGAGCAGGAGGGGUACUGGCUGCCGGGGGAUGAGAUGGUAAGUACAAAAACAGUUUCCUGUGUCAAACAAAGUCAGUCCUGUUCUGUUCCAUCUGUGUUUCCUAAAGUACGACCUGUUACAUAUGUGUUCAUUCUGUGAGCAACGUUCUUGUUUUGGAGAAGCUGAAUAUCGUCUUACAGCUUACGCCAGAUCCUACUGACCAAUGAGAUAAUAAUGUAUUUGUUUAAUGUUUUUCAACAUGCAAUUGCAAAAUGAAUUUCAUUUUUAUUUCAUUAUUUAUCUGCUGCAAUUUUCUCAAGAAAUCCUGAUGUUAUAAAACAGUUAGGAAAAGCCCUUGUAAGAAGCAGAAAAAAUAAGUUACUGGGUCAGCUCAAACCCAUGGAAAUUGAUUUAUAAAAGAUUUCACAUUGUCGUCAGUCUCACAGUAUUAUGAUGAGUUUGUCGUUGAUGAUUUUACUCUGGACAGUCACCUCCAGUCUAAUAACGGCUCUCUGAAAGUCGGUAAAAUCUGUGUUAAUGAAGUUAUUACCUCAGGAGCUGUAUCGCUGACCUCCGCACAGACUAAGACCAGAUACAUCUGCCCAUCUGCCGGGUUUGCUCACAGUGUGAACACAGUGUUAACCGAGUCUCAGUACGCAGACACAUCAUGGAGCGAAUAAAACUCAUGAGCCAGAAGUUUUAAGUUUGAGGAAUAAGAGCCACGCUGCAGAGGUUCGGGUGUUCUUUCUGCAGACAGCUUUCUUCUGACGUGCUUAUGCAACCCUCUGCUGGGCUUCAUUAUGAGAUUAAUAUGUUUCUCAUUCCAAGUCUUUUCAUUUCCCCUUAUUUCCCCUGUUAGUCGUGAGGAUCAGUGCACAGAGUAGCAGUGUUUGGAUUUUUUCCUACGGUAGUGUUGCACUGAGUGUGUCGUUUCCCUGUGUCUGCACUACCUGGGGAGAAUCCACACGUCUUUGCCUAUUUGUUAUUCAAAGAGCACUUAAUGGAUUACUGCACAAGUGGCAUUAACAUGUAUCUGGUGGCUACUUUAAUCCUGGUGCUUCUUCUGCAGGGUACCAACACCUCUGCUAUAGCUGUUCUGCUUUAUACACAAUAAAACUAGGAGAGCAUUAUCAAUCUGUUUUGAGCGAGACACAUGCAGGUAUAAAGAGACAGAUUUCUUUGACAACCUGAAGGAAGACCUUUAACAUGAAGUAGUAGUCUAAAAACAGUGGUUUUAACCAGCAUCAGGUCAUACACAGAAGUGGUUCUCAACCUUUUGGACUCCGAAGACAGAGUGGAGACUGAUUGAUACAACAAGUCACUUGGUUUCGUGCCCAAACCUUCCUGCUUUCCAUCGUUGAAAAAAUAAAUGUUUGCUUCCUCUCCUUUUGUUACAGAAAUGUGCAGACAGGAAUCACAAUCAGCAGGACAGAAAAACAGAGAAAGAACCAGAGCUGAUAUUUUUAGUGUGUUUAAAACAUAUGUAGGCACAAAGUAGAAUAUCAGAUUAUAGUUCUGUGAUCUCCCUGUCUUUCUCUUCUUUUCUCUCCUCCUGUCUUCCUCUCUUUGUCGUUCUUCACAAACUCUUGUUGCACCUAAAGAUAAAAAUAAUCACUUUUUUCUGGGACCCCAGGAAAGUAGUUUAAGAUCCCUGUUGAGGUGGGAAGUAGUUUAUUGCUCGUAAGUGACUUAUUUGAGGAAAUGAAAAUUUAAAUUCCACCUAACUGACAAAUCCUAGUUUUUGUAAAACACCCAGAAAGCUGUGAAAACUGAGCACCUCGUGUUCCACACAGCACACGGAUGUCAGAAUCAGCAGGUAAAACGUGUCAAACUGGUAUGCAGAGUGUGGCUAACUCGCGAGCAAGUUCAGGCCUCUUUGCAUGUUGGUGUCGAACAGGUUGAUAUUUUCUUCACCCAACUUGUAAAUCUGGUGCUGACAGCAUCAGUUAAGACCACUCAGGAACCCAAGGUUGAGAACCAUCAAUGUGAGAGAAAUUCACAUUUUUAAAGCCCUGGGUAGACUUGUAGGGUACAAUAGUGAGAACCAUGUCUAACUGGGGAAUGCUGGUGUGUAAGGGGCUGUCUGCACAGAAAUGUUGAAAUGUUUAAGAAUAAAAAAUAUCCUGUAAAACUCUCAAGACUUGACACUGUUGGCCAGAGGAGCUCAGGUGGAUUUUGGCAGCAGGACUUUUAAAACACUACUCUCUGAAUCACUUGCAAUCACAGGAUCCCAAAGCGGAGGGAAGCAAGGUAAGGGCUGCAUUGUUAUAUUCCAAAUUUCAGGGUUUGUUCUUCAUUUGAUCACUUCAUCCCCCCUUCCCCACCUCGACUAACAUCAUUCUGUGAGAAAUCAGGUCUGCCACAUGCAGUGCGGUCAGGGAUUCGACUGAAUCUUUUAACGCAGGUCGACUAAAAACAAAAACAUAAGCAGCACACAGUAAGUUCUGGUUGGUGCAUUUGAUGAAGUCUUUGUAAAGCUCCCGAUAGAGUCUAAUUGCUGCACCUUUACUUUGAAAUUCUUACACAAGGUGGAGGCUGAUUUCCUGUUGGGAAUUGCCCCACAUUUUGCCAUUAAGUCCAGAGUGAAACACACGACCAGAAGCUACUUGCUGUCAUUCAGUUCCACCGUAAAAAAGCUUCAUGAAAGUCCGCUGCAGCGCUGUGUCGACGUGGCCAAAUUUCUUGCGGAAGUGAUCAGUGAUCUUGAUGAAAUCUGUUGCUCGCUACUCAUCUACAGAUGUGCUGUUGCUUGAUUAUUGUUCAAACACAAACUCUCACUCAGCGCAGCUCAAAGCUGCCAGAUACACUCAUGUGUCAAGUGAGAAAUUCAGCUCAAGCUGUGAUUAUUGUAAGUUCAAAUGAAUCUUUACACAAACAUAAAAUGACAAGCAAUGCUAGCAUAGCCGCAGGUUGGUAGCAAGCAUCUGUGCGUUUGUAGUUUUUUGGUCUUGGUAGUUGUAGUUCUCCUUACAGGGGUGUGUUCUGCUGUGAUCUUAACUUCUGUCUGGCAUGCUUAUUUUCUUUUUCUCCUCCAUUGACUGAUGAUGAAGCAGGGUGGAGUUGGAUAUAGUGAUGGAGAGGAGGGGGUUAGUUAUGCUAUUUUGGGGUUUUAUGCUAGUAACCCAGCUGACUGGUUCUUUCAGGUUUAGGGUUAGAGUUUGAAAAUGAGAACCACAGUAAAGCAGUUUGUAAGUGGAGACAGUCUCGUCUCUGCAGGUACCUGGAUUAAAUUCAGCUGGUGUGUGCUGUGUGUUUAUUUUGACCUCAGAAAAUUGACUUCUCGGACUGAUGACUGUGUGUAGGAGGUGGUUAUAUAGCCCAUUAAUUAUUAAAGAAAAGCCAGAGAAAUGGCCUGAAACUCUAGAAGGGAACAACUGCAAUGGUUACAAAUCAAAAUCUGAUUAAUUGGAAGAAGUCCUAAAGGAAAUAAUCACAAUUACAACUUGUAGAACUCCUUCAGCAAACAAUCUCAUCGAGUCAGUCAUGAGUUUAAAGUCCUCUUAAAUUUAAUAUGGUUGAGAGUUGACUGAUAUUUGGGGCUGAUACAAAACCAAUUAUUAGUAGUUCAUGAGACCGAUAACCAAUAUAUGGAAAUGAUAUGUGUUGACAAACUUCUACUUAAAAGCCGUCUCAAAUGUUAAAUCAGAUCUAAAUGUUGAGCAUCUUACACAAGAGUUGAUGGAACUCUGGGACAUGUAGCCAAUCAUAUUGUGUUGUUGGCGGGGCGUUAGGUAAGACAACCUGGUACAAGGAAACAGACUCAGAAGAAAAGUCAAAGUAGCUCACCUUUUAAACAGUUGAUUCUGUCGGCCAUCUUUUAAAUGAAAGACCGAUACAGAUAAUCCGUCAAGGUUGAUAAUCAGUCUACUGCUAAAUAUGAUGUUAAUGUAAAGUUGGAAAGUUAGAAUGUCCCAUUUAAAGUGGAGGUGAGACGAAAUACCGACAUGACAAUAUAUCAUCAUCCUUAUCUGUGUGAUACAAUAAUGAUAAGCUGAAGUGAAAAGCAGCUAGACCUAACCUGUAUCGUGUCGUACAUUAUAGGGGUGCCCCGAUCCAAUAUCAGGUAUCGGUCCGAUAUCAGCUAAAAAACAAAUAUUGGAUUCUAUCGCUUCAACCACUUCUACAUACAGUCACGGCCUCAGAUCACCAAAGACUACUUAACUGAUCAUAUUCUUUUCAAAGUUAAAGUCCAAAUCUUGAAAAUUAGUUAAAAGUGCACCGCCUAUUGUUUAAAUGGAUUAAGUCCAGGUUAUCUGCGAGUACCUGCUCUGAGUUUUAGCUCAUUUAAGGGUAAUUUUCCCAUUAAAAAACAGUAUGAAAAAUGUUCGAUGCUUUGUUGAUCGUGUGAAAGUUUGGUGGUUUAACUAAUGUCAAUCCGUGCACCCGUGAUGCAUGAUAACAAACAUGAUAUGAUGUGUUGAUGCACUUAAAGAAUAAUGAUUGAGUCAAAAAAAAAAAAAAAAGCACAAAUACACAUUAUUUCAUUUUAAUGACUAACACGUUAUUUUAAAUGGAUCUUCCUUUCUUCAGGUGUCUCUCCUUCCUCCUCAAUGAUCUUACUUUGUUUUAACAUUUUUAAAUGUGUGCAGUGCUAUUAAAUAACCUUAACUACCAAUCGUGACAUUUUAUAAGCCCAUUAGUUUAAUGGGUUUGAAUUACAAGGUAGCAACGGUGCUUCCAACCUCAAAAAACAAGGAGCACCGUCAAAAAUUUAGGAUCACCUUCUGGAAGUGAAAGAGCACCACAACAUACUGCAGAAGGGAUGUUGCUUUAACCUGACUCCGACAGGCCUUACAGUCAACACAGUGCAGUCAACCCUGUUCCUCUACGUUGAAAUGGAGUCAGUGAUUUAAUCAAGAUACGUCCGAAAAACACUGACGAAUACAUGUUUUGUUUUUGUUAAGAAAAUGAUGAGGCAGUGUCAGACAUUCAGCAUCUGUGAUACAACCAAAGUAAGUUUUACGUUUGACAUCUUUUGCCGUUAUUUCUGUCAGCAGCUCAGAGUCAGAGCCUUGGUUUAUCCUGGUGUGGAGAUUAUGUGGUUUUGGUGGUCAUGAUAAACUCUAAAUCAUCGGCAGUAAACCGAUUCUCCGUUCAGCGCCUGUUUAGACCCAUUUGUAACCCAGUUAGCUAAGCAUUUUAAUUAAGCAGAUGGUGGUAGGGCUGGGCGAUCUUGCCUCAAAUCAAUAUCACAAUAUAUUGAUCAGUUCACCUCAAUAACAACAAAUGGAUGAUAACUACUCCACAAGCUGCUCACCCCCUCCCACAUUAACUCCUUCUACUUCAACCGCUACAACUUUUGAACCGUCCUCCAUCUCCUCACCUGUCUUUCCCUCUUUGUUACGGACUGGAUGGGGUGGAGUCACGUCUCUGAGACCAUAUCCUACCUACACACAUCCAAAACCAACUUUGAUUUAUUUAUUUGUUUGACGCCGAAUAUACCGAUAUGGGCAAAAUGACGUCGGUUAUUGUCGUAAAUUUCGGUACUGGCAAAUUUUCGGUUUACCACCCAGCCCUACUGGGUGGAAAAUAAAAAGGUUUUGAGGACAGCAAAGUCCACCUCGACAAAAAUCUGUAUUCCACCUUGCCGCAGUCUUGUUAUGCUAAUCUGUGUUUGGUACCAGGUCUAGGAAAUCUCUCUCAGUGCAGCUCUUGAGUUACUGAACUCAAAGUUGUGCUGUUGUUGUCGUAGUUUCCAUUCAUGGGCCUUUAUUCCGUCCGUGCUCCUGUUGAGUCUCACUUUGCUGGAACGGCAGACGCUGUGUCCUUGGCUCAGAGAGCUGCAGCCUUUUGAAGUCGGCCACUCGUCUUUCAUCAGAGACUCCCAACAAUAGUGAAGUGCCUGUUGACAUCCGCCAGAACUGGAGCACCAUUUCUGUUUCGCCAAGUGUUUGUGGGGGUGAAGAGUCCUCUAACGCUCCUUUUAAAGUAGACGUCCUUCGAGGAAUCCGUGGAUGGGUUUGCGGAGGAUAUUCGCACGUUUACGGCCUCAAGUUGCGAAUCCUUGGAGGAUCUUGAAACUCCGUCGUUAAAAUCAGAGGUCUUGGCAUUGUGUGCUCCAAGUGACAUGGAAAAAAUCUGUCAAGUUUUGGAAGCAAAUGAAGAAGUAGUUUGUUUUAUUUUACUCAACAAACAGCAUAAAAACACACGGAGAAAGGAUGAAGAAUCAGGCUGAAGUUGUUGGUUUUUUUUAGCUUUUAUUGAGCGGCACUCAGUCACGACUCUUUCCUGCAGAGUCGGUCCAGACUGUGAGUGGGGGGAGUUGGACUCUUGACAGGUUGAUGAGUAGUUAGCGGUCCAUACUUCCUGUCACUGUGCCCUCAACAUGAACCCCUGAAUGAGAAUAAGACAAUAUUACUACAGCAUGUGUGUGAAAAUACAGAUUAAAUAGUCGAGGAGUAUUUUCAGCAAGUGUCGAACCAACCAGGAUCUGUAACAACUCUGAGAUUUCUGUUUUAAUCACACAGCUUCUGCUCUUUGCCAGAAGUUUCUAAACUCCUUUUGAAUUCACAAACCUGAGAGCUAGCUUUAAUCCCAGACGGAGGAUUUAGAAAGCCGUUUCCUCCCCUGCUGUGGUUGGCGGGUUGGAGGGGGGGGUCACCCAAACUUGUGCUCUGCUGUGUCUUUCCCGCAGGAGUGGGAGACAGAGAGUCACGACUGGUACUGUUUCGAGUGUCAUUUACCGGGUGACGUCCUCACCUGCGACAACUGCUUCCGGGUUUAUCAUCUCAAGUGUCUGUCAGAGGAGUUCAAGCCAAGAGACGGAGGGUCCCACUGGCAGUGUGUUGUCUGCAGGGUAAGUAUUUGCACGUAUGCGUUUGUGUACUUUUACUAUUUUCCUGUAAUGUCGUGUUACGCUGGGAUUUCAAUGCGUACAGAUCUGCUCUGGAACGGCAGGCGGAUCAAAAACACAAGCAAACAGCGCCCACCGGAUCUGAUCGCGAUAUUACCGAUAUUUCUUGCGAGACUGGAUGAGAUCUCAUGAGAUCUUGCAUGUUUCACCGUAAGACAUUGAAUUAGUACGGCGGUGUAUAUAAACACCAACAUCCCACAACCCUGGGCCCUCUCAUUAACUGAAGAACAGUUCAACGUAUCGACUUUAUUUUAUUUUGAAAAUUAACUGGAUAUUUUACUCUGUAGCUCCAUACAACUUCCGCUGCUGCUCAUGCUGCGCUGGAUUGAUGCACUGUGCUGUGGCGUCCGGCAAAAAUAGAAGCCGUGCGUAUCUAAACUGACUGCCGGAGCAGAUCCACAGUGGACGGAUUGUGUGUGAUCACGUACAUUGAUUAUAAUGCCUGCAUAUUCGACCAAGCUGCCAUUCCGGAGCGCAGCGCAGCCGUUGCGUAUCCUGUGGAAUUUAGCCGUUAGACUAUGUUUUGCUAGCUAACCAUCUGGAUGCACAGAGCGCAAAAAGGUCGGCUUGAUCAGUGUGUGUUCUCUGUGUGCAUACAGAAAGAUGUAUUAUUAUUAUUAUUUAUAUUAUUUUAUGGAACAGAUUUAAACUUUGACGUUCAGACUGGAAUCCAAAAGACACAUUUACUUCAUUUAAGUGGUAAAGAAAAACGGUGUUAGCUUUGUUGUGCUAGCUGAUCAUUUUUAAGUCUGAUAACAGAAGAAAACACUCGCUCAUAUUUGACCUCUUGUAACUUUUUCUCUCUCUGCCGACUUCUCUUUUCUUCUCGUAUCUUUUUAUUUGAUCGUGAUUUUAUUUGUUAUAGUUGUGUCUGUUUGGGAAAACACCAGGGUUAAAGGGUCAAAGCAGAUCCUGCUGUGAUUGAAAAACUCUCUCUUUCUUUGUCCUCUUUCUCCACGUCAUCCGUCCUCCUGCAGGGAAGUAAAAAGAAGAACCUGAACAAACAGGAGAUGAGUAAAUAUCUGCGCUUCAUCGUGCAGCGGAUGAAGGAGAGGGUAAGAGGAAACGUUCUCGCCGUUUCAAAUACUGAAUGUUAUGGUUGGUACUGAAAGUCUUAGUUCUCCAUUAGCUGAAUCUGUUACGUGGCGUUUUGGCCUCUUCACAUUUUCUACAGUUUUAACCACCAGCAGCUCAAACUUCACUCCUCCUCCUCCUCUUAGCAAGAAUAAAAACAGCCUUCUCACUCCUCCUCUUAUUACACCGCCCUUCCUCUUUCCCAUCCAUUACACCUCUGUCUGCUCAUUUCCUCCAUCCAUUCUUUAACUUCUCCUCUCUCCUCCCUCGCUCUCUAACCACCUCUCUGUGUGGAAAGCUUGUUUUAAAUCUCAUUACUUCUCCUCCACCUCUCUCUGCAUCCCUCCAUCAUCCAGCCACUCCCCAUCGAAUCUCAUUAUUUAUCCUCCAUGCUGCCUCUCAAGUGUCCUCCCUACAUCACUCCCUCUCUCUCUCUCCCUCUCUCUCUCCUUCCUCUGUAUAAAGUAGUAUUAAAUCAUUAUCCCUCCUCUGCUCUGCAGGCCGUGGACCUGAACAAGAAAGGCAAAGACACUAAACACCCCAUGUACAAACGGCUGAUCCACACCGCGCUGGACGUCACAAACAUCCAAGAGGUAAUCAUCCUUCCUGAUGACGACCUCUCGCUGCCAUAAACCUUUUUUUACUGCCUGUUUUUAUUCACCUCAUUAUUCUAUAAUGGUCCAGAAGUUUUUCCUUUGUCCUUCACUCUUACUGAACGAUAACCCUGUCACUAGCUACGUUUCCAUGGGCAACAUUUCUUAAUCCCAUCAAAAAUUUGAAGGAUCGGAUAUUAUGGGUGCAAAAAUAACUCAUGUGUAAAUAGUAGAUAACUUUUAGAGACAUAUUAUGUGAGACAACAGACAAUUGAAUUUCCCUUUGGAGAUUAAUAUUGUUCUUCUUAUUCUUAAAAUCAAAUAAUCCGAUCAUGGCGUGCGUAGAUAUAUACCAAGUUCCGUUCACGUUGGAAGCGUUUGGACACGCGCAGUGUUCUGAUUUUAUUAAAACAACCGCAGAAGAAGAAGAGUAGUUUUGACGCCUGUGCUGUCAACAAACCAACAAACGCAAUCGUUGCUCACGCCAUCCAAUUCAGGAUUUUCCCCUCUGUUAAAUUUUGCCACUAGGUGGCGCCCAAAGAUUACGCUGUGCGUGUAGAUGUGACAUCAUUACGCUGUAAAGGCCUUGUUAUGUUACCGGAGGAGCGGACACGGCACGAAACCUCCUGGACUGACCUUCAUAAAUAAACCAAAGGCUAAAGAGUGAAGACCGAGUCACGAUGGGAAUAAGUGUUCACAUGGACGUGUUUCGGAAUAACGAUCGGCAUAAACCACCCUUCUCUAUCGGAAUACAAUUUCUUCCCGAUUGAGACGAAUUGGAUCAGAAUCUUCCGAUCGACACGUUUACAUGACGCAUUUUUAUUCUGAUCGGGAAUUUAUUCUGAUUAUUUGUAGCUAAUGUAUAAAGUGUGGCUACCAUUAGCAGAGCUAGCACCACCUUCGCAUGUUAAAGUCACACAUGACUCUGUGUUACUUUAACUUUGCCUAAAGAAGCGGCUCUUUGUUCACUCUCCCUUUACUGCACUUGACCCUGAGCUUAUCUGGACACUUUCUGCUGUUAAUAUACAAACCAGUGAGUUUGGCAGGCGUAGAUUUAGUGUGAUACUGUCUGUGUGUGUGUGUGUGUGUGUGUGUGUGUGUGUGUGUGAGAGAGAAAGAGAGAGGUCGGGCAGGACUCUUUGGUCAGCGGUGCAUCACACCAGAACUCAGCCGGUCUUUGGAGCGCUGCCCAGACCUCAGUGUGUGUGUGUGUGUGUUCCUGUGUGUGUGUGUUCCUGUGUGUGUGUGUGUGUGUGUGUGUGUGUGUGUGUGUGUGUGUGUGUGUGUGUGUGUGUGUGUGUCAGUGUUAAUAAGUACACCGCCCUGUCCUGGACCUCUCAUGUCGGUCACCACACACAAACCCAGCAUGUGAAAAAACGUCUUUGUCCUCGUUCCCAAACUUUUCAGCCUGAUUGAACUUUAAUCAGCGUAAAAGUUUCAGGAAUAAAUUUGAGUUUAAAUUUAAAUCAAAGUUCAGAAUGAUUAAAUGUUUGUUAAAUGUUGAAAAAAUUGUGUUUCUGCAGAACCUGUCUGAAGGAAAAUAUAAAAGCUUCGAGGAGUUUAAAGCAGACGCACAGCUCAUCGUUCACAACACAGCCAUCCUGUACGGCGGUGAGUCAAAGACAUUCAUUCAAACAUGUUUCUCUGAGUUAUUCUUGAUUUAUCGGAUAUUUGCUUCAUCUUAUUUCUCUAGAUUUUAAUUUCAACAUCUUAUACUCUAACGUUUGUUUGUUACAGUUCACAGCGAUCAGGCAGAGAUCGCACGGCUGCUCUUCAGCGACACGUGUCACGAGGUUGAACAUCUCUAAAGUUGUAACGUUCAGCUGGUGCGGGUUUGACCGUUUUUAACUCAUCUCUUUUAAAAUCUUCUCUCUUCCAGUUAAACGAGUUGUUGUUGUGUAAGAACUGUUUCUACCUGUCCAACGCCCGGCCGGACAACUGGUUCUGUUACCCAUGUGUGAGUACAACCAAACCUAACACAAUAAAAGAGUAGAAUUAGACUUGGUGUUUGCUGGAGCUGAGCUUAAAUCCAUGACGAUCAUCAUGUCUCUUUAUGUGUGUUUGUGUUUUCUGCAGAGUCCCAGUCAUGACCUGGUUUGGGCCAAAAUGAAAGGGUUUGGUUACUGGCCAGCCAAGGUCCUUCAGAGGGAGGACAAUCAGGUGGACGUACGCUUCUUUGGCCACCAACACCAGAGGUGAGCAGCACAGAGGCUCAGUCGAGACACCCACAAAAUAUCUCGAUAAUCAUAUUGUUCAAAACAAGGUAGGGCUGGGCGAUAUGGCCUCAAAUCAAUAUCACUUCAGCCGCCGUUCCAGCGUCUUAAAGGGACACGAGACCUUAGCCUAUCUACACACAUUCAAAACCAACUUUUAUUUAUUUUUUGACAUCAAAUACACCGAUACUGGCAAAAUGACGUUGGUUAUUGUCGUAAAUUUCAGUAUCUGUAAAUGUUCAGUUUAUCGCCUGAAGCCUGAAAAUCUCGUAUUUUCCCUCCCCUUAGAGCGUGGAUCCCCUCAGACAACAUCCAGGACAUCAAGGUGAGCGUCCAGCAGCUGCAGGUGAAGCGCAGCAACGGCUGGAAGAAGGCGUGCGAGGAGCUGGAGGUCUACCAGCGCUUCCUCAGAGAGGGCCGCUUCUGGAAAACGAAGAUGGAGGAGAGCACCAUGCAGCACCACCAGCAGAGCCAACAGAGCCAACAGAGCCAGAGCCAGAGCCAGCGGCCGCAGCAGCAACAGCAGCAGCAGCAACAGGAGGGCAACGGGAGGACGGAGAGGCUGGAGAGGACGGACGAAGCCGAGUCCAGCAUCUCCUCCACCAGCAACGAGCAGGUCCGACAUGUGAGUAAUAGAGCAUGACACGGGAGCGGAAUUUCCAGUCCAGGUGGUCCCUCUACUCUUUAAAACUGAGGAUGCAGCAUCUGUGAUUUCCAGUUCUAUGUUGAAAGUCCAGUUGCCCUUUUCAGAAGUGUUCGAUUUUGAUCAGGGAUGUGCCGAUAUACGAUUUAAUCGCGAUAUGGGAUAUUAAACGGCUGCGAUGAUGAAAUCGUAGGGUACUGUAACAAUCGUUCCAGCAUGAAUGGAGCGUCACAGAUGUGGAAGAUACCCGUGACAUGGACUCAGAUGAUCCUCAGACCAUCAGGGACGCUGGUUUAGAACUGAGGGCUGUUAAUGUGACGGGAAAGGAUGUUGAUGGUUUCUAGAUUUACACACAGUCAUUUUUUAUUAAUUUAUCAUUGUUAAUUGGACUUUGAAGAUGUAGAUGUUCAAACUCACUCUGAAUAUUUCUACCUUCAUUCAUCCACCUCAAAGAAAAACCAUGUGGAGAUUCAGAGAAUAACUGCAGAGGUAAAUUUGGUAGGUGGCGACAUCUAGUGGCUGGAUGACGCUACCUACCAGUGGGGUGUCAGCUUUAAAAAGUACAAACACAAUUAAAACAGCAAAAGCAAAACUUUAAACAACUUAUACGGUUUUUAGGAUUUCAAGGAUGUGAAGAUACUUCAGAACUAAAAUUUCUCAUGAAGCGUUCAUACCCUGUCUAGUCCUUUCUCUAAUUUGUCCCUCCUCAGCACAGAUCUGACACAGAAAGACAGACAAAGAUAUUUUUAUAAGAAUGUGUUUUUUCCUCUCCGCAGCUCAAAGGCAGCCAAGAGCCCAAGGCGAAGAAAAGCCGUCGAUCUCAAAUGGUCGAGCCCAAAGAAGAAGCCAGUGUAAGUCGUCAGAACUCAGAAACCCAAAGUUUCAGAUCUUUGUCACUUUUGUUUGUUCUUUAGUCUCCUUAAUUAUAUCAAAAUGUCCGCCCUCUAUCUCCCUCGUCAUUCAGGACCCAGAGCCAGAGAUGGAGGCGGUCAGCUCCAGCCAGGAGAUCCCGGUGUCCUCGGCGCCGCAGCAGCCCGAGAAGCUGUCGGUGUCCACGCAGACGAAGAAGGCAAACGGAGGGUCGCCUCGCACGCUGCACCGCGGCACCCAAACCAACAGCGAUGGCGCCUGCCAGAACAUGUGCCACGAGAAAUACACGAAGGUCUUCAACGACGUGAAGGAGAUGAUGAAGGCCGACAACAAGCGGGAGACGGAGCGGGUCGUCAGAGAAGCCCUGGAGAAGGUUCGUGUGACGAUUGCUCGAAGAUCUGUAUCUCUGAGAGUUUGAUCGUACUCAAAACACGUCUGCUUUUCGUUUCUCUGUUUAGCUUCGAGCGGAGAUGGAGGAGGAGAAGCGCCAGGCCGUGAGUAAGGCGGUGGCCGGAGCUCAGGCGGAGAUGGAGAGGAAGUGUAAGCAGGUGAAGGAGAAGUGUAAAGAGGAGCUGGUGGAGGAGGUGAAGAAGCUGGUGGCUCAACACAAACAGCUCAUCUCCCAGACUAAGAAGAAGCAGUGGGUAAGUCCUGGACCAGAUUACAAAUCAGAUUACAGACGUCUCCGUCCUAUUUUUAAUAAAAGUAAAUCUCAGAAACUUCUGGAGGGAAGAUCUUUUAUCUUUAAUCAGACUCAGGGAUGCAGAGAUUAAAGAAGUUUUUAGUGAAGUGGGUUUAUGACGCUCACUUUGGGAUCAUGCUAGUGUGCUCCGUAAUAGUCCGAGUCACUGCGUCACUUUUUCUUGUGUGGUUGGUCAGGAGUGUAACCCUGUCUCCUAACCAUGAGGCCUCCUCUGAAAAGAACUGCGCAAAUCCUUGAGUUGCCAAGUCAAGAUCAUUAGCCGAAAGUUCGGAUUACAACCCUAGCAAAAUGCGACUCCUGGAUCCGAAUCCAGGACGAACGCCGUUUACGUGUAAAUCUGUGACAGCGGGUAAUUCUCCGUCUUUGUUUCCAGUGUUAUAACUGCGAGGAGGAGGCGAUGUACCACUGCUGCUGGAACACCUCGUACUGCUCCAUCAAGUGUCAGCAGGAGCACUGGCACGCCGAUCACAAACGGACCUGCCGCAGGAAGAGAUGAACAAGCCCCGCCCCUUCUCACCGAACACAGUGCGCCAUUGGCUCUUGCCCACCCUUCGUCCUCUUCCUCCUCCUUUCAGUCAGUGUCUACAACCCCCUCCCCCACAAACACACACACACCUACACACACCUGUCCCUCCUGCUUCUCUACUUGCCUUCCUGAACACUUUGUGGACCCGAUGUUCUCUGCGUGAAAAGAGCAGUUUGUUCCUCUUAUGGUUUUAUUUCUAUUAUUUAAUGUAACCAUGAAUUGAUUUUUCUUUUUUUCUUUUUCUCUGAAUUGUGGACAGAUUGUUUGAGAGCACGGCUCGAAAUGCUAUAAAUUUUCUUUCUUUUUAUUCUUUACUGAAGUGCUAAUUUUGAGCUCGUGUCGGAGGAUGUUAUUUAAGUGUUUAGUAUCAGAUGAGCAUUAAUACUGAUGAGCGUUUUAUUACCUGAAUUUUUAGAGAAAAAUCACUUUUCUUACUGUAUAUGACACAAAAACUCACCAACGAACUUAGAGAGAAAAUGAAAACUCAUCGUAAUAACCAUCGCAGCGUUUAACCGGCUCUGCUUUCACUGAAAAUUUCAGUAUGACAAAAAGUUGUUGAUAGGCAAUAUGGCUCACAGACGUUAAUAUAUUAUGUUGUUUUCAUAAAUCUAUUGGGGUGGAUGGCACCUUCGAUCAUUUCUACCUAAAAUCUUAUCGUCUUCACGUCACUUAUUGGGAACAGGGUCAUGCCAGAGGUCGGCCUUAAAAAACGUCGACUAGAUAAAUCUUCCAUGUAAUUUUAUUGUUUUUAUUAAAAAUUAAUGUUAUUAUGCACAUUUUUUGGGGGGUCUUGUACUUUAAAAAGACGAAAAAUUUUACGAUUCAGAUACAAAAAUAUACCUUUUUGAUUGGUAUCGCAAUUGUGGCCGAGCUGGAUCUGAGGGAAGUUCCACGACCGUUCACAUUUUUGCACACUUCAUCUUCCUAAAUGCUUGUAAUAUUGCCAAAAAUCAGACGUUUUGGUGGAACGGAUAAUAGACUGUAUGUUAAAAGUUGACGCAGCAAUGCUAGCAUUUUACUGAAUUUGCCUUCGGGGAUGAAUAAAGUUGUUCUUCUUCUGUUCUUCUUCUUAGCGUCACACAUUAAUUCGUUAAAAACAGUUCUGAAGCCUCAGUUUUGGCACUUUUUGCUGCUGUUUUUGGGGUCGAGCUGUGACCAUGUUUGAAGAAAGUUGCCGACUUUUGUAAGAUGUUGCUAUAAUAAAAUACCGAUCUGAAAUCAUGCCGAGUUAAUUGAUAUGUGACGAGGGAUGGGAAUCAAAACCUUGGUCUAAAGCACUGAUUCGCAACAGGUCACGACCUAAAUUGAGGAAAUUUACAACUUCUCAAAUUUAUUUAUCGAAAAAUUUUGCAGAAUCUAAAAAGUUUUUGAUUCCCUUCUCGAAACGUAAAACUAGGAAAUCUUACUAUCAACGCAUCAAAUAAAAAAAUUCAGAGUUAAUUAUCAAGUGAUGAGCAGGUUCAUUUUCAAAGAGUUUAAUACAAUCAUGCUUUUUUCGUAUUGUGGCCCCCUGGUGGCAGUUAGAAGAACUGCAGGUUGAAGACAUAUCGGCUACGUCAAUUUCUUACACACAGUCUAUGAUUCCGCUUGAGAAGAUCUGGUAACUUCUCCCUCCCUCAUCGCCCUCCUAAAGCUGAAAAAGUGAUGUAUAUUUUUCCGAGCGUCGUCAGUGUCAUUUUUUUUAUAGUGAUGUACACUAAAAAACGAAAAAAAAAACACGUUCUUUUUUUAUCCUGAAGUGACUAGCUUUGAGACUCUUUCACUGCUUAUGCUGUAGUUGGUGGUCAGUGCCUGUUUCUGUUUUUUUUUCUUUUUCUCAUCCUCUCCUCCUCACUUCAUGCAUGUGGAUAGAUUCAUAGUUUGUCUUUUCUACGUUCAUUACGGUAAAAACAAACAAACAAAAAAAAGACGAUCGAGGAAACCAGGAGCUCUCUGGUGUCUGAUUAACAGUGAUGACGGAUGGACCAAUAUAAAACAUUAUGCAAAUGUGAAUGAUCAAAUUAACCUUUUCUAGAGUUUCUCCUGCGCUGGAUGUCGAGUGUCUGUGAUGUAUAAAUUUGGUGCUUGGAAUCCUUUAUGUGAUUUUUUCAGAGGCAAUGAGAUUGCCGAUUUUAUUUUCUUUUUUGGGGGAGUGAAACUUACAAACUUUUUGACUGUUUCCUCAGUUAUGAAGAUUAACUGAACAGAGGAAGAUAAUCCAGUUACUCUGUAUAGAAACAUCGCUUUUUUAUUUUAUACACAGGUUACUGUUAAUCAGUUUAUGUAUCUGUGAACAUGUGACAAAUAAAAUACCGUAAAUUCUCUUGUAGUGGGCAGAAACUUUUGUUCACCUCUAGUUCAGAGAGGACCAGGAACUUAUUUAUAGUUUAAUCAAAUGUCCUGAUGCCUUUUUUUUUUGCUGAAGAUUUUUUUUUCACAAUUAAAAAAGUCACUUAAAAUUUUUAAUGUUCUGCACACUAGCUUAAUGUUUUGAGCAUAACUGCAAUAUAACAAGAAUAAAGUUGGAUCAUUUUAGGAGACUAAAAUUUGGAAAUUUACUUCUUUAAGUUGAUCAGUUAUUUAAAUUAAGUCUAAAAUUUGACAAGAAUAAAAUUGUAAAUUACGAGAACUUAGUCAUAGAUUAACAAAAAUGAUUUUUUUAAGAAUAAGCGAUUUUAUAAAAAUACUGUCAGAAAUUCAUAUUUUUGUCAAAACGUCGCAAUAUUACGAGAAUUGAGUCAAAAUUUUCUUGGAUGAAGUCUUCGAAUAAAACCUUUAAAUAAUUUCUUUCCUACUUCCCGUUCCUCCAAUCCUACUAAAUCUGAUUCGUGAUGUAUAGUUUAAAAAAAAUUAAUAAUAUACGGUAACUGUUAUUCCAGACUUUUAAGACCUCAAAAGGUCCCACUAUUAGAGACUUUACGGUACCUGUUCUGGACUUUCAACCCAAUUAAAGGGCACAUGAUCAGAUAUUUUACAGUAACUAUUUUUCAAGAAUUUCAAGAUCUUAAAAAGGUCAGAUAUUACCGAUUUUAGGGUACCUGAUAUUUUACUCUUUCAAAUUUUAAAAAGCAGACUAUUGGGAAUUUUACAGUCACUAUUUUUCUAGACUUUUUAAGACCUCAAAAAGGCCCACUAUUAGGGAUUUUACUGUACCGGUUGUUCUAGACUGUCAAAACACAAAAAGUAAGACAAUUAGAAGAUCUAUGGUGACUUUUUCUAGACUUCAGGAGCUCUAAAAGUCCCACUAUUAGAGAUUUUACAGUAAUUGACGUUCCAGAUUUUGACACUUAAAAAGAGCCCACUAUUAGGGAUUUUACGGUAACUUUUACUAGACUUUCCAGACUUCAAAUGUUGAGCCUUUUAUUUCUGAUUUUUUGCUUUUGAACUCUGUAUCACUCUCAUAAUGUUACUGUACAGUUCAGCUUCUGUUCUCACUUUUUCUUCUGCCUUUUUUUUCUAAUAACAGAUUCUGGAAAAAGUUCUCUUUUUCCAGCUUCAAGCUCAACCAUCUUAUUCUCUUUUACCAUCGAUGCACUACAUGUAAAUAAAAGGCCAUGUUCUCAUUAUCUCCUCCCUCAUAUUGUAUUUACAGUGUAUAUUAAUUCACAGAUACUUCAGCCGGUUUUGUUUUCUCUGUGCUUACAGCGAACCUGAUGACUGUUAGUUCUCAUUUUGUACAGUGUACAACCAUUUUCAUAUCAGCCUGUUGUUACCGCUCUGAGUUUUUGUCAUUUCGGCAUUUUUUUUUGUAUGUAUUAUUCUAACCUCAGCGAGAACUUCACAGCGCAUUUCAGUGAGUCUAUUCAUUUCAGUGUGAAAUAUCCUCUCAGACGGACACACUUCUAACGAUGUUUUUAUGUCUUACACACGUGUAACUUGCUUUUUUGUUGAACUGGUUUUAUAUUCGUCCAUCCAGCUGUUCAGGUUUCAGUGUGAAGAGUUAAUUUUUUUUUCCGUGAAAAACUUUUGGAUGUCAUUCCCGUUUGUACCUCUGGUUUUUAUCUGCAUGAGUAAAGGUGUGUGUAUCUCGCCUCCUUUUCUUUUUGGUUUCUAAAUUCUGCUCAUGUAAAGAAAGGACAUAUUUGCACUCCCUCAGAGUAAUGCAAUAUGACAAUGAUGCGUUUAUUUUUCUGGAACUUCAGUCGAGGCUGUUUUCAGCUCAGAACAGCGAGUUCAUGGGUCAGAUUGAGACCCAUGACCAGUUUUUGAGGAUGUAACACUGAGUCAAUAUGUGAUCAUGUACCUGAAAUAAAACCAGUGUCAUCUUCUGUUCUGUUCAUAUGUAAACUAGUCAUCAUUGUGGCUUAACAUUUUCUAUGCUCCUGACAUUUUUCUUUUCUUUUUUUUGACGCUUUAGCUAGCAAUAUGUAUAUAAAUAUAUUCUAUGUGCUAACAUGGAGGAAAUAAAUGUAUCAACAAGAUCCUGUGUUUCCUUUUUUGAUUUUUUU